AUGCUGCGUUGUACACUUUCUCGCUUUAAACUCAGGCGUAAGCGAACACCGUAUGUGCAGAAGUUUCUCGAGGGUUGUCCGCUUCCCACCACACUUGUGGAUGAUCUCGCCGGGGCGAAUUUAAAAUCCUCCACCCCGUUCUUCUCAACAUCCCCACGGUAUAUCGUACCAGCAGAGAAGCGAUUAUCAAAGUUAUUCUUUCACCAUGCACUUUAUCCCGCAGGCGGGGCACGACGGCCGUAUCGUGUGGUGAUUGUUCGUAAUGGACGCGGUGUGCGGAAUCCUGUCGGUGUGGCAUUAAAUACUUCUACAACUUCUCAUGUUUCUUCCACUGCUAGAAGUAGUGAUAGUAAUAAUAAUAGUAAUAGUGGUAAUAAUGAUAAUCAUCAUCAUCUUAGUCUUGGUAAUAAUGCGGGGGAUUCUCAUCAUGUAUGGAAAGACCCAGCUCGGCGGCCGUUUUUUUAUUCUCGACCAUCUGUUGGAACCCCCUCCGGUAUUCACCAGAGUGCCAACAACAACAGAAGUAGAAAUAAUAAUAAUAAUAAUAAUAAUAAUAAUAAUAAUAAUAAUAAUAAUAAUAAUAUAGGCUCUGUAGUGAGACCUGGCGAAGAUACCUUAUUGGCACCUUUGUGUGGAGUUGUGGAGAAUCAUUUCGCGUCCAUUCUAAAACAGGAGCGAUGUACUUUGGAUGAUGAAACCCAAGAAAUGACAGAUUGUACCGCAAAGAGAGGAGUUUUUAUGGAGGAGUUCACAGAAUUAUUAAGUGCUGGGCAUGGUGGAAUUGUGUUUGGGGGAAUUGAAGAAAAAAACGAUAAGAAGACGGCUGGCUCUUGUGAAGGUCGUACUCUUGUGGAAGGACUCCUUCACGAUGCGGCGUCUUUUCCCUUUUCCUUCUUCCACGUACAGAUCCAACUUCCCUCAUCCGCUACCUUUAUGCGAAAAGUGGUGAAAUCCACAAUGGCUGAAUUGCCGUCAUUAUUCCCAUUGAAAGAGGGACAAGAAAAAGAAAAAGAAAAAAAAGAAGAAGAGAAGAAAACAAUGCCGUUAGUGGCACAUUUAGCGGGUGGUUUGGAACCAACAGUGCCGUUUGCUGUUGGAGUACCAUUAUUAGUGCAUUCUAAAGUAAAGAAGGGUGAUGCUGAAGAAGACAAAGUUCGUACGGAGACGAUAAUGCCAUUUGGUCAUAUUCAAUGUCUUGUGCGAGUGCGCACUAGAGGCGGCAAACACUCUGCAGAUAAUAAACGAAUCUCUUCUUCCACCAAUGUUGUAUCUACAUCAUAUGAUGAGGCGUCAUCCUUUCGGCAGGAGUCCAAUACGAAUGCUGCAUCCACACAUAAUAACAGGCAUCUCUCCAUUGAUGGUAGGAGUCAUUAUAUCCCUACUGCUACUGCUAGUGCUAGUAGUACCGUUAUGGAACCUUGGAAACUAGGCGUUAGCUUAGAUCCCAAGGUUCCUUUUCAUGUUCGCACCAUAACAGAGAAGCGACCAGCUGCUGUUAUUGCAAACACCACUAAUAAUGGUAGUAAUAGUAGUAAUAGUGAUGAUGGAACUUCAUCUUUACCAAAGAUGUUUGAAAAUAGAUUGGGAAGAAGUGAUUGUGAGACAUAUCUUCUACCGCAGCGUGAACUACUCCUUUCUUUUCACGCACCGGAGGAAGUCGUUACAAUGUGUGCAAAGCAGAAUGAAGAACGCUUAAAACGACAAGUUACAUUAGGUUACAGUGGCCCAACUCAUGUAUUUGCAGAGGGUCCACGUACAGCAACACGUAUUCUACGAGAUGCCCAUUGCAAUCAUACAACAGCGGAGGCAGCUGCCGCACGGUGUCAAUAUAAUCAUAAUUCCCCACAAGAUAUUAAUGAAGAUCAAGAUCAUUUACAUCAGAAUACCGACAAAAGGAAAGAUCCUAUCGUAUAUGAUGUUCGAGCAUUACCAGGUGAUGUUGUCUUUAUUCCUCGAGGGUGGACAUAUACGGUAGAACGUAUUAUAGGUACAGCCGUCCUACAUGCGACUAGUUCGACCCAUACUACUAAUACACAUACUACUAAGAUGACUGCCCCUUCACUUAAACUUGAAUCCUCAUCACAGAAGUUUGUACAUGCUGUCUCAACUCCUCCGGCAUUAAGGGCGGCAUUUAUUAACACUACCACUACUACUACCACUCCUACACCACAACAAGUGGGUGGACGGCGUGAUACAUUUAUGGGUACGGAAGCAAAAAACGAAGCAGAACUAGUGGGGGAAUCAGCCGUAGAGAAAAAGGAAGAGCAAUCCUUGAAGAAGGCCACAAGUGAAGUUAUUGGUGUGGAUGUGGAGGCUUUUCUACUGUGUUACAGGCCUUAUCCAGUGCUUUCUCCACAACAGGCUGCUAACUAUGUCUCAGCUAAUUACGUCCAUAGCGGGGUUGAGGAAUUCUAUACCAAAGGGGGGAAUGACAUUUUCCACAAGUACACAUGA